GCGAGCAACUUCGCAGUGACUAUGGCGAUUCUUCGACUUCGAUUCUGCUGAUUCUGAUCGGCAUCCAUCAUCAAGACUCGAGACAGCUUCAGCUCAGACUGCUAGCACUUCGAGGCCGAAGACGCGGAGUGAUCUGAGGUCAACGCUCUCCGUUUGGCUUACUCGACCCUCGCCAGCGUACGCAGCCGCCUGCAUACGCCAGACAUGUCCGGGAGCCGGAGAGACCUGCCUCACGAUGGUGGCCAUCGGCGAGAGACUGCAGACUACUACGACAGACAGGCUGACGUGUCCAGCCAUCGAGAUUAUGGCUCUCGGCACGAGUCGUCCUACGCAGAAGCAGAGGACCGCAGAGCUACUCACCGGCACGAGCUGCCUGUCAGGCCCAGCCGGGCGCUUUACAAUCCUGCCACCGAUUUAUACGAGCGGCCACCACCUGCAGGCAGCCUGAGGGCAGCGAGACCCCAUGCGCAAGAAAGAUCAAGGGAAUAUGACAUUCCUCAUCAUCUGCCUCCAAGGCCCAGAACGGACCGCCAAUCCGGUGAAGAGCCACAAAGACAAUCUCAAUCGACGAGUAGAUCAGAUAGAUCGCGAGACCUGCCUGACGAGCGCGACAGUCACCGACAUCGUGAAUCGCGGCAUCGACGAUCCUCUCGCUCUGCGACGCCCGAGGGCCACGCUCGUACAGACCGCGUGCAGAAGCGAAGGCGCGCUGAUAGUCCACGACAGGAAAGACGGCGCGAGAAAUCGUCCAGUCCUCGUUCUGAUAGGGACAAGCAACGUAAUGGUGCCGCGCCCACUCGAUACGCUCUACCCAGUCGGCCAGAUACGAGACAGCCUGUGCGGUCGCGAGAUGAGUAUGACUACGAUCGAAGACGGUACCCUUCCCCGCCCAGGCGAAGAGACUAUUCCCCUCAACCUUUGCAAAGGCCUUACGAUCGCGAUUUGCCGCCAAUGUACGACCGCGAGCUGCCACGCGACUUGCAUCCAUACGAACGCGAUGCGAGACAAGCACUGCAUCUGUACGAUCGUAAUGCCUACCGUGAUAUGCCUCGAUAUGAUCGUGACGACUAUCGCGAGGCUCCCACCUAUGAUCGCCAUCCUGCCUCGCUCGACGAUCACUAUCGCGCGGAUCCAUACGCUCUGACUCACGGGCAUGACCUAUCGCGCAUGCCACCAAUGCCAGAACUGACUACUACACUCAAUGUCGCUCGAACAAAGCCUGCCGGAUUUGCGCCCAUCAACAGACUCAAAGCCAAUGCUUACACUUCAGCUACUGUCCCAGAUCAGUAUACAGCAGUCCAUCCGUCCGACAUGAGGCGUCAAGACGCAAGCGAUGAGAGGUCAUAUGCACCCUCACGGUCCAGAACACCUUCGCAAAGGCGCGAACAGUCUCCGUAUGAUUCGUCGAUGCUCACCUCUCCACCACCGCCACCGCCCGUCUCUUAUCCGAGCGCAACUAACGGCAAUCUGAGUGGACAUGGCUACCGCGAUUCGCCGCAGGCAGGACAAGAUUCUUCUUCGUCUCGUGAUCACAUGCGACAGCACGAUGACAGUCAGCGAGCGUCACCUGUCAAUGGCGCAGCGAAACAUGCGGUCAGCAAUGGCACACAAGACGCCGUGACUACGGCUAUGCCGGCUGCAGUGAAGCCCCAAGCAGAGCCGGAGGAGGUCUAUCAGCGCUUAGUACAAGUCGGCGAAGGCACAUUCGGCAAAGUCUACAAGGCCAGGAAUCGGGAGAAUAAUCGGAUGGUCGCGUUGAAGCGUAUACGCAUGGAGCAAGAACGCGACGGCUUCCCGGUCACUGCUGUGCGCGAGAUCAAGCUACUACAAAGCCUGAGUCAUGCCAACGUCGUCACGCUGCUAGAGAUGAUGGUCUCGCAAGGCCACGUGUACAUGGUCUUUGAAUACCUCGACUAUGAUCUGACUGGCGUGCUACACCAUCCCCAGCUAGAGCUGACAGCGGCGCAUAACAAAUCGAUCAUGCAGCAAUUUCUGUCUGGCCUGCAAUAUAUUCACAGCCGGAACGUCCUGCAUCGAGACUUGAAAGGCAGCAACAUCCUGCUCGAUCGAUCCGGCAAUGUCAAGCUCGCUGAUUUCGGGCUGGCUCGCUUCUACGUGCCUCACCGCAACAACGACUACACAAAUCGGGUCAUCACUCAGUGGUACAAGCCGCCUGAGCUACUGUUUGGCGGAACAGUCUACGGCGAAGAGGUCGAUAUGUUCAGUGCAGGCUGUAUCUUCGUCGAGCUCUUCACUUCGCGUCCGAUCUUCCAGGGUCAAGACGAAAUCGAUCAGCUCAGCGCGACGUUUAAGAUUAUGGGCACGCCGACGCUUGACGACUGGCCAGAGGUUGCAGACCUCCCCUGGUUCGAGCUCGUUAAGCCGAAGCAGCAGCUGCCCAACAUCCUGCGCGAAACAUACUAUCCGAAGCAUCUCACGACAGAAGCUGCUGUCGAGCUUGCCCUCAAGCUACUUGCGAACAAUCCUGCCAAGCGUUGGUCAGCUACGCAAGCUCUCGCUUCAGACUACUUCAGCGAAGAGCCUGCACCAGAAAUACCAUCUAUUCUGGGCGAUGUCAAAGGCGAUUGGCACGAAUUGGAGUCCAAGAAGCAUCGUCGCAAGAAGCGCGAAGAAGACAACGCAAAAGACAAAGCGCAAGAGAAAGCUCAAGAGAAAGUGCCGACGGAGGCUACUAGCGCGUGAGCACGCCGCAGAGAGUAGACGAUGCAAUCUCGUCAGACCCACUCUCUUGGCGAGUUGAGGACUCGUUGCAGCUGAGCUUCCGGUGAUGCCGGAUCCUCCGCCGCGUCUGUGCAGUAUUCCCACCUGGCAGUCAAGGGCAAGCUCAUGAGGAUGCUCUCGAUUCUCGCGCCGGGCGUGUUGAGGCCGAAACGGGUGCCUCGAUCGUACACGAGGUUGUAUUCGACGUAGCGACUCUGUUAGACUCGUCAAUUCACUCUGAAGCUCGAAGACACGGUUGACUAACCCGACGUAGUUGCUGCCACCGCCUCUCUCGUUGUCCAAAAUCUGUCCGCAUGCGCGCGUUGAUGAUGGGUAUGUAAGCAG